CCUCCCACAUACGUCCAAGACGCCCACUCGACCUGCUCAUCCUCACCAUACCCACCACUCAGGAACUCAUCACAGGCGCAAGCAACACCAGCGCCAUCACAAGAUGGCAUCUUUCAAUGGGCCCUGGUCCAAGGAUCUUGGCUCCUUUAACAAGUCUGUGCAGUCCAUGCCCGAACAAUACAAAUCCUCGUUCGCGAGUGCGUCCAAGACCACUGUCGAGAAGAUUUGCGACCCCGGUGUUCUCCACGUCUGGGAAUCCGAUGCUGAUAUCGAUAACCUGCUACAACUUACCUCCGUCAUCGCCAAGCUAAGCGACCUCGGUGUUCGAAAGAAUAAAGAUAUCAAAGCCACAGCGGAGGAAGGGAGUAUGCUCAUAAUCGCCGAGGAGAAAAGUGGAAUUGAUAAUUAUAGGAGGAUUUGUGAGUUGGCAGCGUAUUUGACGGAGAAAGAAGGAAGGAAACACCUCGAGGGCACGGUUUGCUCGUUUGGAAGGGUCGUUGUCGUCAAGGGCUGGAACAAUAACAUCUGUCCCACUGGAACCGGUAAUAAAGAGGCGUCUGAGAAGGUAGUCAAGCGCAUCAACGUUGCUAUUGAGCGCGUCUUCAUGAUGGGAGGAUUUGAGGGCAGCAAGAGGAGGGUUGUGUGGCAUCACGGCCCGGUCCUACAGUUCUUGCUGCAUUGGAUCAACACGACUACAAGCACGCUUCGAUCCGUAAUCUCUGCAAUUACUAUCACAGGGAGCUUAGACCUGACGAAUGGUGUCACGCCUUCGACUGCUGGACGAGCGAAUUCAUUACCAGACUUGGAACGCAUGGAAUCCUAUGCGAAAAAAUUGAACAUACCGAUCAUCUUCCUGGAUUCCUCGAGUCAGAUGAUUACGUUCGAGUAUCUGGGUACAUACAUGUACUUCUACGGAUACUACAUCAACACGUUUCUCCCGCCCUCGCUCGCGCGGCCACACUUAGGCAAAGCACAGGAUGAACUCGUCACGUUCGCUUUCCAGCUCAGAGGGGCGAGCGAAAACAAAUACGGUAGCGAUGUCGUCCGCAUGGUGCAGAAGAACCUGGACGCGGGCAAGGCAAAGCACUGGGCGCGAAUAUGCGUGAAUAAGGAGAGUUACGAGAAAAGCAAGUGUAGGGCCGCAGGACAGGACAAGGCAAUCCACCACACCGUUCAACUCGCGGACAGUCCAUUCGCCUUACUUCGUCAUGGUAAUGGCGUCCCAGCCUUUGCGCGCCUGGCAGUAGGCCCAGCAUCGCCCGCCGCAUCAGACUACCACGUCGCCGCCCCGGUGCAAAUCAACUUCAAGCAAGGCCAACUUCGCCCGUCGAAUCCGGCGGCGUUUUACACCCUCAUUCCCACCACCAGCCAGAACUUGGAGAAAGUCACGAAUAGAAUCCAGGGCUUGAUGAUGGCGGUGCUUGAGCGCGUGCGCCAGGAAAAAGGGAAUCCUCAACUCGGAGAGUAUGAAAAGGGCAUGUGGAAGGCGGUCGUGAAGGCCUGCUCGUGGGCUAUUGAUGGGUGUGAGGGUAAGAUGCCGAAGGGUGUAGGUGACAAGGUGAAGUUCGUCAAGGAGAAGUUGAAAGAAGGGACAUGGGGGUAUACUCUAGGUGCUCCAAAUGACAAAGCGAACGGGGCCAUCGCGAACGGAACUGCGGCUACGACUACUGGUGUGGUCAUGGCGGAGCC